AGAAGCUUUGCAGUCCAACCAUCACAUCUGUCCUCAAGACACCAACACAGAGAACUCUCCCAGAUUUUAGUUUCUGUUUAUUACAGACUCUCCAACAAGUCAACAUGAUGAAACUCGCCGUUUUCCUCUUUGCUGUGAUUGCUGUGGCAAUGGCUGCCGAAUCGCUGGUUCGUGAACGCCGAAGCGUCGGUUAUGGCGGUUAUGGACAUGGCGGCGGAUAUGGCGGUGGAUAUGGCGGUGGAAAUGGCGGUUUUGGACACGGCGGAUAUGGAGGCUACGGUGGUUAUGGACAUGGAGGCUAUGGUGGUGUUGGACAUGGAGGCUAUGGUGGUGUUGGACAUGGUGGCUAUGGGCACGGUGGCUAUGGCGGCUAUGGGCACGGUGGCUACGGACAUUAAAAGCAUUCUUGUCUUUUAAUUGCGCAUCGGAUUUUUCAGAAAGCAGUGCCACAUGAGAUUUGGAAUUAAGUUGUUUUUGUUUGGGUUUGUUUUCGUUUUUUUUUUGUUUUUUGUUUUU